AUGAACGAAGCCCAGCUGGUGAAAUCGAUCCAGAGCGGGAUGAUGUCUGUCAAGCUGAAAGCCAUCGAUGAUCCCAACGCAAUGGAGGAGCUCUACCUGCAAAUGAUAGAACCCAAGAAAUGGCUGUCAUGUCUGGAAGAAGACGAAACUGGCAAAUACAUUCCGGAUCUGAUGAGAGUGAUAUACAAGCUGCUAGACCCAGAGUCUGAGGGGUGGACUGGUGGUGGUGCAAAUCUGCAAAACCCGUCUACAGACGAGCGGAAUACCAGAGACAAGACUCCUCCGCCGAAACCCAAGACGCCGGAACCCGCUCGCCCUGCGCCCGACAUCGAUCCACAAAUUCGAGAAAUGCAGGAGCAACUGGCGCAGGCGCAAGCCCAGAUCAAUGCGUUCAGCUCGCAACAAGCAAAGGCGAGCCAGGGUGGUCCGGGGAAAUCGUCUCAACAAUCUCCGGUCAAGCCCAAAGCGCCCAAGAAUGCCAACAGACUCCAGCCGACUCAGAAGAGGAGAAAAAUCGUGGAGGAUGAGUUUGCGGGAAGUGAUGAUAGUGAUUAG